AUGGCGCGCAGAGGAGAAGUAGGGCCAGGGGCGCGUCAGGGCGAGGAACUUGAGGGCGCGGCGCGGCGAGAGGGUGCAGCUGCUGCUGCUGCUGCUGGCGGCGAGGUCGAGGCGAGGAGCGCUGGUCGUCGCCGUGGGCGACGGGGAGGUCCGGCGGCGCGCGAGAAGAGCAGCAGCAGAGCAGCUCGGGCGCGGAGGCUGCGCUCGCCGGAGUUGAUGGCCAGCGCGGCGGCAAGGGAAGGAGGAGCGGGUGAGGAGGUGGCUGAGGCAUGGAGGAAAGAGGGAGGGGAGCAGGCGGGGCUUCGCGAGGAGGACGAAAGGGAGCGGGGGAAGGAGAGGCCAACGCGGGGGAGAUGGGGAUCGAGCAGUGCUCUCCCUGUCUAUAUUAAAUAUCUAAAACAUCUUAUAUUUGUGAACGAAGGAUGUAGUUGUUUGGAUGUUGAUGUAUGA